AUGCCUCCAAAUCGCUAUGCCUGCACCUUCCUGCUUUCUGUGACUUUCCUGGAGCUGAGCUCCUGGGUGCCAGAUUGCUCUGGAGCUCAGGGCAAGUUUGCCUACAAGCUGCUCAAAGAUUUGUUUGCCAACUAUUCCAGCGCUCUGCGGCCGGUGGAAGACACAGACCGAGCUCUCAACGUCACGCUCCAAGUCACGCUGUCCCAGAUCAUUGACAUGGACGAGAGGAACCAAAUCUUGACGUCAUACCUGUGGAUCCGGCAGGUCUGGGUGGACGCCUACCUCGUCUGGGAUAAGGAGGCUUAUGAUGGCAUCGACUCCAUCCGAAUCCCGAGCAGCUACGUCUGGAGGCCGGACAUCAUCCUCUACAACAAUGCGGACGAGCAGUUUUCAGGCUCCAUGGAGACCAACGUGAUGAUCCGCCACGACGGGCAGAUCAUGUGGGACUCUCCGGCCAUCACCAAGAGUUCCUGCAAGGUGGACGUCUCCUACUUCCCCUUCGACGGGCAGCAGUGCCGCCUGACCUUUGGUUCCUGGACCUACAACGGCAACCAGAUCGACCUCCUCAACAAGCAGGACACGGGGGACCUGACCGACUUCGUGGAGAACGUGGAGUGGGAGCUGCUGGGCAUGCCCGCCCGGAGAAACGUAAUCGUCUACGGCUGCUGCUCGGAGCCCUACCCCGACGUCACCUACACGCUGGUGCUCCAGAGGCGGGCCUCCUUCUACAUCUUCAACCUCCUCCUUCCCUGCAUCAUGAUCUCCUUCCUGGCACCGCUGGGCUUCUACCUCCCGGCUGACUCUGGAGAGAAGGUCUCCCUGGGAGUCACGGUCCUCCUGGCUCUGACCGUCUUCCAGCUGCUGGUGGCUGAGAGCAUGCCCCCCUCGGAGAACGUGCCUCUCAUCGGCAAGUACUACAUCGCCACCAUGACCCUGAUCACGGCCUCCACCGCCUUGACCAUCUUCAUCAUGAGCAUCCACCACUGUGGCCCCGGAGCCAAGCCCCUCCCCCGCUGGGCCCGGAGGCUCAUCCUGCACCACAUGGCACGCAUCUUCUUCGUCUACGAGGUCGGGGAGAGCUGCCAGAGCCCCCGGCCGGAGCCAGACGGCCUCCCUCCGGCCCAGGUGGCCAACAGCAGGGCCCCCCGGGGACAGCAGCCCAAAGGCCCAGCCAAGGGCUGUGUUCGGGGGGCGCCUCCUCCAGAGGAAGGGCCGGGGCCGGACUGGCAGGAGGGCGGCAAGUACGUGGACCUGGAGCUGGGUGGCGGGGAGGGGCAGGAGCCGCCCGGCUGUGCCAAGAGCCGUUGCCUGUGCCACCACAGCAGCAUCCUCAGGAACGUGGAGUACAUUGCCAGCUGCUUCCGGGACCAGAAGGCGGCUCAGAAACGGACCGGGGAGUGGAAGAAGGUGGCCAAGGUGAUGGACCGCUUCUUCAUGUGGGUCUUUUUCGCCAUGGUCCUCAUCAUGAGCGUCCUCAUCAUCGGCCAGGCCGCCUGA